UAGGAUGAAACUUCCGUUUCAGUUCAGUUUUCGCUGAGCAGGUACUCGAUCUAGAGUCUUUGGUUUGAAGCUCCCGUCUCAUUUACAAGAAACUGCAGCUACAGACGAACUAUUUACUGUGAAGCGUUUGCGUACAGACCGAUUCCGCUGAUGCUGACUUUGACAUAUGUUGUUAGCAAUCCUAAUAGCCCAACGCGGUAACUGUCAUUAUUUUUUGCCUGAUCGCCCGAUUGGUGUGCAUCAAAUGAAAAGGGUAUCCAAAUACCUGUCCAAGCUCCGUACUAAGCCACUUCCUGCUGUUGAUGAAAACACUGAAGCCACUAACGAAAAUCAUAUUGGAAGUAAACUCCCUCCCAGACCAGGCGGAAAGUCGGGAACCGGUUUGGAGAACCGUUCGCAGCUAGAGGAAGGGAGACAGCAGUCCCUGCCUAACAUGUUGGGAAGAUUCCAGAACCGACCUUUGGUCUAUAAGACCAAUGCUAUUAACGAUGAUUACGAUAUCAGCACAAACGUGCUGGGAUUGGGAAUUAACGGGAAAGUCGUGGAAUGCUUUAGCCGUGGAUCCGUACGGCACAAAUUGGCCUUGAAAGUCCUACAGGAUAAUCCUAAAUCAAGAAGAGAAGUAGAGCUUCACUGGAAAGCAUCCGGUCACAAGCACAUUGUCAACAUAGUUGACGUUUAUGAAAAUGUGUUCUCCGGCAAGAGCUGCUUACUUGUCGUUAUGGAAUGUAUGGAGGGAGGAGAACUGUUUGCCCGGAUUCAGUCGCGCGGGGACCAGCCUUUCACCGAAAGGGAAGCGGCAUCGAUCAUGAGGGAUAUUUGUUCAGCUGUUGCCCACCUUCAUACCAUGAAUAUAGCCCACAGGGAUAUCAAACCGGAAAAUUUAUUGUACAGCCGACCAGGGAGUGAGGGUGUUUUAAAAUUAACGGAUUUUGGAUUUGCCAAAGAGCUAACUUCCAUGAAUGCCCUGAAGACGCCCUGCUAUACUCCUUAUUAUGUGGCUCCGGAAGUACUGGGACCUGAAAAAUACGACAAAAGCUGUGAUAUGUGGUCCAUUGGAGUCGUCAUGUACAUUCUGAUUUGUGGUUAUCCGCCUUUCUACAGUAAUCAUGGUCUUCCUAUUUCUCCGGGAAUGAAGAAACGAAUACGAUCUGGACAGUAUGAAUUUCAUAGCCCGGAAUGGGAUAACGUAUCCCGUGACGCAAAGGAUAUCAUUAAAGGGCUGCUGAAAACUGAUCCUACACAACGGCUGACGAUAGAACAAAUGAUGCGCACAAACUGGAUAGCUAUGCAUACGGCUGUCCCGCAAACUCCUUUGUAUUCCGUGCAAGUCCUUAAAGAAGAACAGGAAGUGUGGCCUGAAUUACAGGAAGAGAUGAAUAAUGCAUUAGCGACCAUGCGCGUGGAUACUGAUCAACAGGUGCAUUUGAAGAAUUUGGAUAAGUCAACGAAUCCACUUUUAGCCAAAAGACGAAAUCGAGUUAAUGUCGGAUAGAGAAAAAUGGGAAAUGCUCAAGCAGUUAAACAGCAUUUGCAAACGUCGGAAAAGACCGGUGUUUUUGUGAUCAAGGGACAGAAACUCAAAGAGGUUCCGGAACCGAUUCGCAGAUUGGCUGUGAGCCUUCGGACGAUUGAUUUAUCCCAGAACUCCAUCUCCAGCUUGCCACCCUGGAUCGGGGACUUUAGUGCACUGAAGAGUUUGCAACUGAACGAUAACCAACUGGAAUCUCUUCCUCCUCAGAUCGGAAGUUUAAGUAAACUUGAAACUUUGUCCCUCAACAAUAACCGUCUCAGCGCUCUCCCGGAGGAGUUACGAAAUCUGACUUCGCUCAAAUAUUUCAUGCUCCAGAACAAUGAGUUUGCAGUCUUUCCCACUGUUACCUGCAAACUUCCCAGCUUAGAAGUUUUGGACCUAACGAAAAAUAGCAUCUCUCUGAUUCCUCCUGAGACCGCGGAACUGAACGCACAUGAGUUGAUUCUGAACAAAAAUCAAAUAUCAUCAAUUUCGGAUGCUAUUCAUAAAAGCUCCCGGUUAAGAGUACUGCGGUUGGAUGAGAACUGUAUUCCGCUAAAGGAAAUCAGUCCCCGUAUUUUGCGUGAAUCAAAUAUUUCCUUGUUAGCGCUUGAAGGAAAUGUCUUCCAGAUGAAGGAGUUACAAUACGUGGAUGGUUAUGAACAGUACAUGGAACGCUACACGGCGAGCAAACGAAAACUUUAAGCCAACUGUUCGAUACAGUUAUUAUUAUCUUAACUUGUGGCGUUUCGGCACGUGUCUUCUUUGCUUGUCGAGAGUGUUACGUUAUUGUUUUCGGUGGUUUGUAGAUUUUUGAUUCGGUUUUAACAUUCCAUGAUUCUGUUGAAAAGGUUUCUAAACUUCGUCGAUUUGACAUUGUGUAAACUUGGAAAGACAUUCGUAUGACUAAUGAUGUAAUUUUUUAUUCAUUGUUCAGUCGAAAUAAAUAGCGUGAAGU